UUAUCUGCCGAGGAACAUGAAUGCACAACCCAGUUUCGUAAAAUUACAGAAUUAUUGUAAUUGCAGAAACAAAUGAUAUUAAGCCAAGGAAAAUAAACAAACAGAUAUCUGAUGGCUUACUAAUGUCAUGAUAAAGUCGAGUCGCGAGUGGGAAUUUAGAUAAAGAUCUGAACAAGUGACGAAGAAAGUGCUUCUUCACUCGCUCGAAGAGCGGAAACAAUUUUCUUGUGUCGUUUGUAUGUGCUUUCUGGUAAGAAAUUCUAAAGAGUUAUUGGUGCUAAAUUAUUGGAAUUCCUAGAUUAAAUAGUGUGCUGCUUAUUAACAUGGAAACCCGUCGACGAGCUGAGUACGGUUCUUCGUUUAUCAGAGCUACGCAAGAAUCAAGCCUGAUGUCCAUAUGGUCGACAAGCACUGGACGCAAUUCAGUGUUUGGCGCGGAGGACGGAGCAGUACUCCCCUCCUCGCACUUACCGAUCCACGUACACGUGGCACGCACACAUCUGCGCAACGCUGACGGUCACUGCUUCCAUAAGCGGUUUCACAACUGUCAGCACCCGUUGGUUUUUGUCCUACACAGGACUUUUGGCAAGCUCUCCCGUUGGCACCGACGUUGCCAUCUACUUUCGUCAAAGAUGUCGCAGUCGGGAGAUGGCCUUCACACGCCGGGUUAUCUCUCUUGGAGAAAACUGCAGCUCAGUCGAGCGAAACUUAAAGCGUCGAGCAAGACGUCUGCUCUACUUUCCGGCUUUGCCAUGGUAGCUAUGGUGGAAGUACAAUUGAAUUCCGAUACGAAAGUACCUUCAGAGAUGUUAAUCGCCUUCGCCGUGUGUACUACGUUGUUGGUUGCAGUUCAUAUGUUAGCUUUAAUGAUAUCAACGUGUAUUUUGCCGAACAUCGAAGCUGUGUGCAAUCUGCAUAGCAUAAGCUUAGUACACGAAUCUCCACACGAACGUCUACACUGGUACAUCGAAGUGGCAUGGGCGUUUUCUACUCUUCUAGGACUUUUACUAUUUUUAUUGGAAAUUGCUAUACUUUGUUGGGUGAAGUUCUAUGACUUUUCACAAGUGGCCGCUUGGUCUGCUUGUAUCGUGUUAAUACCAGUACUAAUAAUCUUCCUCGCAUUUGCGAUACAUUUUUAUCGGAGCUUAGUGGCCCACAAAUACGAAGUCACUGUGUCCGGUAUAAGAGAACUGGAGUUACUUAAAGAACAAAUAGAGUCAACCGAUGUUGAAGGUAGAAAUGGUGUGAAUUUACUACAGACCGCUGGCGUGACGCACGUAGUCUGAACACGGUAAAGCACAAUCCAUGAUCUGUGUUACUUUUACAAUGUGAUAACCUCUCUGAGUGGAGGAUGAUGAAUCUCUAAUUAUCUGCAUAUGCUGCAUUGUUUAGCUUAUACAUGUUAUUACGUAUUAAAACAAUUCAAACGAUAGAUUAGAAUGGGUUAUGAAGAUGAGGAUUGGUACUGUAAUUGAAAUCAUCAAAAAUGACUGUAUAUAAUAUUUCUCAACACUUUUGUUCGCCUACAUACGUCAAGUUUGAAAGGGAACACCUGUUUCUUUCAACGAGCGAAGCGAUAUAUUGUUACCGAUGUUUAACUAUAUCGCAAUGAAUUUAUACACGUGCUGAAAAGUAAUUUUUGGUGAAAGGAUAUAUGUAUGUAUAAACGUGAAACAUUCCCCUUCUCGCGUAGCGACUUAACCUAUAAGAGCAAUGAUACGCGAUAAGAUUUAUUGUAUAACGUAUUCUUAGCUAUGGCUCAAAAAGCAACAGUCUUGAAUGGGGGUUUAUAUCUUCCAUUGACAAUGCGUGACUAGCUCGCAUUGAAUGUACUUAUUAUUACUUUGUUCGAAAACAUGCCUCUCGUGCGGUAUUAUUCAUAGUUCUUUUUAUGUUGUUCGUUUAUUUCUUUUCACAUAAUAAGUCCCGUGCUCAAGUAACGUUUGAGAAGCUUUUUACACGGAGACAAAAUAAUUUUCAGUCUUAUUGUCUCUGUCUGUACAAAAUUACUGCCGUCGCUAAAGAAGCGGCAAUUAAAUUAUUGUACAUAGCUUUUAUUGCGAACAAGCGGUUUAUACGUGUAUACAUAUGUUGAUAGAAAGAAAUAUAUGCAAAAUUGAAGUACUUUUGCUAGAAUAAAUUAUACAAAUAACAUCGA